AUGGCUAACCUUACACUGUUUUGUAACCUUCUAAAAAUGUUGACCGAAUUUAGAGCAGUUCUCUCAAAAAGUUUUAUUUCUUAUUUAAAAAUACCUGUAAGAUUCAAAAGUCAAAGAAGGAAUUUGGGAAAACCUCCUGGGGUCGCUAAGACCCUAGCUCAACGCCUUGAAGAAAUAAACUAUGAAGAUCCAAAAGUUUGUUUUAAGGUGAACAUUGGUUUUUUGAAAAAUAAGAUAUCUAGGAGGGAAGUGAUUGAAAAACGUUUAAAACACAUAAAAAAUAAUAGGAAUGAUCCAACUUUGGAACUGGCAGCGAGGAACAAUUCUUUAAUUGUGCCCCUGGAUGAUGUAGAAGAAGAAUGGGCUUUCAAUAAUGGACCGGAGCACAUCAAGGCGGCUGCUGAACAUUAUGGAAUCUUUGACCACCUUUUUGGUGAUGCAGUAUUUCUUCCAGUUGUUCCUUUAAGAAUAAAUUAUAAUUCUGGAGAAGAACAACAUCUGGUAUACAGAGGAAAUUACCUUACUCCAAGUUUGUUGACAGAUGCACCACAAGUGAAAUACCAGGCGAGUCCGGAUUCAUUUUGGACUUUGCUUAUGUCAACUCCAGAUGGUCAUUUACAGGAUAGUGAAAAAGAAUACGUUCAUUGGUUAAUUGGUAAUAUCAAAGGAAACGAUAUAAAUAAUGGAGAAGUUCUGUUUCCUUACCUUCAACCAUUUCCAAUGAAAGGUUUAGGUUAUCUACGGUACAUUUUUAUCCUUUUUAAGCAAGAAUCUGAAAUGGAUUAUAGCAAUUUAAAGAACAAAAUUUCUUCCAAGUUGGAUUUAUCUGAAAGAACUUUUUCAACAUAUGAAUUUUAUAGAAGGAGAGAGGCACAGCUGACGCCAGCUGGUCUCGCUUGGUUUCAGGCUGAUUGGGACCCAUCAGUCACUGAUUUCUUUCAUAAAAAAGUGGAAUCUGAAGAAGAGCCAGUUUUUGUAUAUGACUUUCCAAAGCCCACUUAUAGAAAACAGGAAUGGUACCCAAAAAGAAGGCCGUUUAACUUAUACUUAGAUCGAUACAGAGAUGAAAAAGAAAUCGCUAAAGAAUAUUUAAUGAGGAAAUUGAAUAAAACUUUUCCAUUCGCUCCUCCUCCACAACCACAUCCCUUCCCUAAUGCAAUUCCAUUUAAGGAAAACACCCCUUCUUGGCUGAAAACAGAAAUAAGAAAGAGAAGGCUUUUGCAGGCAAGAGCUUUUGAUUAUGCCUAAGAAGGAAUUAAAUUUUCAAAAGAAGGAAUGAGAUUAAAUUGAAUUUUGAAUUCCGUUUGAACUUGUAAUAGUGAAAUUAGUUUUCUGAAAAGAUAUUGUAGUAAGUUAUUUUCAUUCAGCUAAUUGUCUUCCCUAAUUGUAUAUCAUUAAUAAGUAUCAACCUCAGUUAAUGCAAAAAGUAUUUCUUUUAAAAAUAACGUUAGGAUAACAUAUAUUACAACAACAAAGUAUGUGACAUCAAUUUUUUGUAUUUUUGAAAUUAACUUUGUGUUUUGAAACAAUCUUAACACACUCUGAUAUGUAUGUUUUGUAAUAUUUUGGACUUAGGUACUGUCCUCAUUUCGUUGCAUUGUGUAUAUCUUGUAGUCUUUGUUAACAAAUGAAAAUUUAUAUAGUUUUUAAUUUCUAUUUAAAAUCAUUAGUUUGGGCAAUAAUAAUUGAACCAAGAAAUAAAAUAUCAGAUGAAUGAAAAUAUGGAAAUUUAUAAAAGAUAAUUUCAUAAUUUAUCUAAAAUAAUAAGCAUUGAAAUACUAUAGUGUACAUAUAUUUUUUUACAGCGGUACUAUCUCAAAUCUAAUAAG